AAAAUAUGGCAAACAGUGCCUCUCCUGAACAGAAUCACAAUCACUGUGCAGCCAUCAACAACAGCAUCCCACUGAUGCAGGGCAACCUCCCCACUCUGACCUCAUCUGGAAAGAUCCGAGUGACGGUUACUUUCUUUCUUUUUCUACUCUCCGCGAUCUUUAAUGCUUCUUUCUUGUUGAAACUUCAGAAGUGGACACAGAAGAAAGAGAAAGGGAAAAAGCUCUCAAGAAUGAAGCUGCUCUUAAAACAUCUGACCUUAGCCAACCUGUUGGAGACUCUGAUUGUCAUGCCACUGGAUGGGAUGUGGAACAUUACAGUCCAAUGGUAUGCUGGAGAGUUACUCUGCAAAGUUCUCAGUUAUCUAAAGCUUUUCUCCAUGUAUGCCCCAGCCUUCAUGAUGGUGGUGAUCAGCCUGGACCGCUCCCUGGCUAUCACGAGGCCCCUAGCUUUGAAAAGCAACAGCAAACUCGGACAGUCCAUGGUUGGCCUGGCCUGGAUCCUCAGUGGUGUCUUUGCAGGACCACAGUUAUACAUCUUCAGGAUGAUUCAUCUAACAGACAACUCCGGACAGACAAAAGUUUUCUCUCAAUGUGUAACACACUGCAGUUUUCCACAAUGGUGGCAUCAAGCAUUUUAUAACUUUUUCACCUUCGGCUGCCUCUUCAUCAUCCCUCUUCUCAUCAUGCUGAUCUGCAAUGCAAAAAUCAUCUUCACCCUGACACGGGUCCUUCAUCAGGACCCCCACGAACUACAACUGAAUCAGUCCAAGAACAAUAUACCAAGAGCACGGCUGAAGACUCUAAAAAUGACGGUUGCAUUUGCCACUUCAUUUACUGUCUGCUGGACUCCCUACUAUGUCCUAGGAAUUUGGUAUUGGUUUGAUCCUGAAAUGUUAAACAGGGUGUCAGACCCAGUAAAUAAUUUCUUCUUUCUCUUUGCCUUUUUAAACCCAUGCUUUGAUCCACUUAUCUAUGGAUAUUUUUCUCUGUGA